AUGUUUAAGUGCCGCGUGGCUGUUCUCCUCUCUUCGGCAUCAUCUUCCGCUACAGGCUCCUGCCAGAGUAAUCCUUACAAGGUUUUGGGAGUUGAACCAAACACUCCCUUCGAUGAGGUGAAGAGUCGCUUCCAUGAACUUGCGCAGUUGUACCACCCCGACAUGCCAAACGGUGAUGCGGGAAAAUUCCGUGAGAUUAACGCCGCAUACCGGCAACUGCGCGCAACCCACCGUGAGUGGCGGUCGAACAACAUGAACACCCAAACUCACCACCAAUCGGAGUUUUGGGGUAGCCAAGGCAACACUGCUGAUGCCGACAAGGAGGACCAUUAUACCAAGCAAUGGAAAAAGGGCCCCCAUCACUCUACCACAAAUGCACGAAUGCGCGGUACUCAACAGCGAGCAUUCAUGCACGAGAUUCUGUGGUUGUAUGAGGGUUACGAGAUGGCCCUUAUAUUGGGAACUGCAGUGGUUGUACUUAUCAUCGCUUUUGAGCGGUAUCUGCUCGUUCGUCGUGUUACCCAAGAGAAGCGGUCGAGGCGGAUAGCCAUGGAAGAGGGACUCCCUCCGAGCAUGCCCUUGGAGGUUGACGAGAAUAUGAUGCGAAUGUAUAAUGUGCCCGUUCCAUCCGAGGCAAUUGAAAUGGACGAAGCCAUUGCCAAGGAAAUGACUUACCACCGUCGCGCAACUCAGCGACGCUUUGAAGAUUUCCGAGAGUUCUUGUUUGUGUAUGACCCAGAUGGUGUGACCUCGCGCAAAGUCACAACAGUGCGUGUUGCCGCGCCGUACGUCGACGAACCUCUUAUACCCACUCGAUGCCCUGUUGUGAGGGAGUUUAACUCUGAACAAAAAGGUACAAAAUAUGAGAACAUUUUAAAAGAGGUGGUAGAAACUUCCAGCACAACACCGUGGCUAUCGCCGGACGCUCAGUUUGCUGCCCCACUUGUUGUCCAAGGUCUCGCUGUCAUACCAAUGAAUUCUCCCAACACAGCCAAGUGGACCUUCAUUGAGUACAAGAACGCAGAUAAUCCCACGGAUCCACCGAUGUGUCUCGUGGCACUAAGAAACAGACGAUUCGAGAAACUUGGCAUGUGCCAGAGGGUAACAAUAUCAGGGAGUGGGCAACUAAGUGCCAAGUUGCUUCAAAAGCGGGAAGAGGACUUGAAGAAUGGUUUGCGAGGGGAUGCUCUCGUAAAAGGAUCUCCGCUACCGCUAAAGGAUACCACAACCGCGCUUGAACACAUGAAGUUAUGA